AUGAAGAUUUUAGCAGAUCAUGAAUCCGGUGAGAAGGAAACAACUAUAUUCCGGACAAUGACACUGGGGCACUCUUUCAAAGGUGAACGAAAUAUCUUUAAAAACAUACAUUCGCUAUUGAAGAAACCCAAAAAGCCCGAGGAAAACCACUUGCAGGACGAAGAUCACCACGACUUCUCAAAUCAACGGCGAUGGGCAUCACAAGGAUCAGCAGAUGAAUAUUUUCCUGGAAUUGAGACUUCGCCUGUGAGCAUUAGGGCUGCAAGGCAGUCGACUGCGGUGGGAAAAUCUCUAGGUAGCUUAUCUCCAACGCCAAGGAAGGACCCGGCAGCUCAGUGGAAGGAAGGAAAUAGGCUGAGUGAACUGGGAAGUUCGGAUUUACAAAACAGGCCGCUCGCAAUUUCGCCAACCCUAAGUUUGAGCCGAUGCAAUUCUACCGAGCGAUCGCUUAGAUCCCCUAACGGAAUUGAGAUGGAUGAAGACGAUAUCUUUCUACACAAUCUCCUUCCUCCUCAGAUCGUUAGAUCUCAUUCUCAGAGAAAGGCGAGUCAUAACAGCGUAGGCAGUGGUGGAAGUCGCACAACCCGCCCCGCCAAUGCGGUAAUCAGUAAGCGUGAAGGUAAAUCUCUGAGAGGAAGUCGCGCAAGUUUGCAUAGGAUGAACUCAAUAGGUCAUCGAGACUUGGCUUCCGCCCAGCAAGAGGAGCUCCAGCCGGCGGCGCCUGCUCGCAAAGCGUACCACUCAAUGAUAACGCAAUCCGGCAUACCCCACUACAAUCAUGAUGGUUCAGCGGGCGAUCAUUUCCCCAGAAUUUCCGCAGAAACCCUGAAAAGCAUAAUUGAAGAUGGGAUAUAUAAAUCACACUAUGAUUCGUAUCAAGUUGUUGACUGUCGAUUUGAAUACGAGUUUAAAGGUGGUCACAUCUGCAACGCUUUGAAUGUUUCCUCUAGAGAGGAGCUGGAGAAAGAAUUUAUCCAUAAUGAUCAAAAAAUGGCGACGUUGCUCAUAUUCCAUUGCGAGUUUAGCUCCUACAGGGGUCCUAUACUUGCAUCUCAUCUAAGGAAUUGUGAUCGAAUGCUAAACCAUGAAAAUUACCCAGCACUAUUCUACCCUGAUAUCCUGGUUCUCGACGGAGGUUACAAGGGAUUCUUUGAUAAGUUUCCCGGCUUAUGCUUUCCAAGAAGGUACGUGGGGAUGGAUUCAUCUGAGAAUUUGGCCAGCCGCGAUCAAGAGCUGGACCGAUUCAGAUACGAUUCGAAAAAAAUGCUGUCGAGAAACAGUUCUCUCCACAAAUUAACCUCGGUGUCAAGCAGAUCGAGCAUCAAGCAGAGCCACCGAGAAAAGAACAGCAGCUCCGGUAAACCAGAGCACCCUGCAUCUAUUAGCUUCAAAUACGAGGCUCCACCGAAACUGUCGAUUUCACGCUACAGCAACGACAAUCUGUUCGGUAACAGUGACGACAGUUCUUCUGCCAGCCGCCUCUCCAUCAAUUCCAGCCCGAACUUAAGCACAAGCAGGAUGCUAUUGAUGGAUGGUUUGGACGGAGACUCUUGCUACAGCUUCGAAGAGGACGAUAGUACGUUCACCACGCCCGUGGGCACUAUUAGCACGCCCACCAACAACCAUAAUGAAUCUGGCAACGUCAACGAAACCUCCGCGCUCAAUCCCAUCAAAAAGUCAUUAUUUCCCAACGUACUCAGAGAAGAGGAAGAAGAGAUCUAA